AUGCCUCCCCGACCGAAUGAGGAUGAAUUUAGGCAUGUGCCAUCAGCUGAAUCGGCUAGGCGUCACUCGAGGCUAGAAGAUGUUCGAGAGGGUUUACAUACGUUGUUUUCGGGACGAUCAAGCGUUGGGGCCAGGAGUCCUUCCCCAGAAAGUCCUAAAGCUCCACGAUUGGUCGGUCUUGGCAACCUGCCAUCAACUCGAAUCCAUAUCCCAGGUCUUACUAUAAGUCGAAGCUCGACGCGCCGAAGCUCUGCUGCACCUGAGCCAACUUUACCUCGACAUGAUGAACCGCCUGUGGUCUCUCAUUCCGCUACCCGGUUUUCGCAAUACACACAAUAUCCUGCAGUUUCUUCCCCCAUCUCAACGAUUCCACCUCGAGUGCAAAGACGGUCGGAUCGCAGGUUUCUGAGUGUAGAUCCUGCUGAACGGCAUCUGGUAGACUUGGCAGAUAGAGGAAGGAGGAGAAGGGGAACUCCGAGAGGGACACUUGAAAGUACUGGUUGGAGAACAUGUGGGCCAAGAAUUCGGAAUAAGAAGAUACGUCAAAAGAUAGUACAUUCCUUAAUAUCUGGGCUGUUCCUUGUUCUCAUACUCACGAUAUAUCUUGCAUUAGCAUUAUCAAAUAAGGAUGAGACGCAAGAGUUCCAUGUUCUCCUAAUAUUGAUAAUCCUAAUCGUCACCAUCUUCUUCUGUCAUUCCCUGAUUCGCCUCUGUAUGAUGAUUGUAAAGCCACCAAAAGAGGGAGAACCAAAUCCGCGACGUCUUCCAUCAAUGGUUGGGCCAGGAGGUUAUGCAGAAACUUCCGUACCGAUACCAGUAGCGCUCGCCAGAGAUGAGGAAGCGGCAGGCAUUGAAAGCCAAGCCACAAAAGUUCCACCACCAGCUUAUGGAUUGUGGAGGGAAACAGUGAGGGUCGAUCCAAAUAGGAUUUUCUGGCAACGAAACGAAGCAGCUUUAAAUCGUACAAUCUCUCGAACAUCUGAACGACCUUCGACGGCUAAUAGACCACCAUCAUAUAUGUCGGAUGAUGGUAUCGAUUAUGUAAUUGAGGCGGCACCACGUUUGACUGUUCCCGAAGAUAAUGUCUUACCUCGACAUCCAGUCGAUCGAUCGGAAUGUAUAUCUAAUUAG